AUGGCACGAGACUGUCAAAUCGGAAUGGCAUCCAUGGCUGUUCCAAUCGAGUGUCGUCAUUUCAUUUGUAUUUUUCUAGUUUUCGCCGUAUUUUCUUUGGUUCUGUGUGAAGAGUACAUGGUGCAGGUAAAUGGAAGAACUUGCCCAUAUUUUGGUGUGACACGUUACAGCACUGUGGCUGAAGGUUUAGUGAACUGCUCAUGGUACGGCCAAGAUGCUUGCUGUAAGAGGACUGAGGUCACAUCUGUGUUCUCAAAUGCGGAUCCUCUGUACAAGGCCUCAACUUCCUGCAAACACCAGAUGAAUUACCUCAUGUGCUACUUCUGCAGUCCAGAGCAACAUGUCUGGAUCAAAGAUAAGGUGAAAGUGUGUGCUGACUUCUGUGCUUCACUUUAUUUUCAUUGUAAGGAGGCCUAUUUCAAUGGCAGUAUGAUAGGUUCUAAUUAUGAGGAUGGACAGACAUUCUGUGAAUCACAGAACUUUGAAGUUGUUGACAGCAAAAUUAACUGUUUUAAGUUUGACCCAACUGUGUUUGCGAGUGGGGAAAGUUUGCUUCCAGCUUGUUUUGCUGUCAUCGUUUUGACUGCAGUUAGUUUACACAUCUCAACUCUUCUUAGGGCAACAUGAAAUGGAGUUGUCUCCCCUGUUUGAUAAAUGCGCUGGUCAUGUAGUGCCAAGUAGUGGCGAUGGCAUUGAUGGACACCUUCACCAUUAAUUUAAUGACACAUGUAUAAUAGAUAUAGGCUAUCAACAGACCCGGGUUAUUCAGGACCUAUUAGCCUGCUAAUAAAAAAAGGCCUUUGUCAGAAAUAUGUUGUCCAUCUCUUAAAAAUCUAUGAGAAUGACCGUUAUCUUGAGACAUUUGCAAGUAUUUUUAGAGCCACUAAAUGUUUUCCUAACAAAUGCAUGUAAUCUUAUUGCAGUUUUAUAGUAUGGAUAUGUUUGGAUAUUUAAUCCAUGAAUUUAGUCCUGAUUUUAUAGCUGCCUUGAUGACUUAUGCUGCUUUUCAUUUCGCUAUUUCAUCUGAUAGUGAUUUUGAUUUUCAGUAAGAAUUCUGAUAAGGGUUUUCAUUAGAUUACCAUUUUAUCAAAAUAUAUCAGGCCUUUUCAUUAUCCAUUCAUUUUGCUAUAAAACAAAGAUGAAAAUGCUCAGAAACAACGAAAAAAAUAUUAAGCCCGAUUAUUUUAUUGUUUUUGUUUUCGAUUUUUUCACUAUUUUGUAUAUAUAUCAAUAAGACACAUAGAUUUUGUCUUAUCCAACAUUCCAAAAUAUGUGUGAAGCAGUCUGUAAUGGACAUCACAGUACAACAUGCAAGGAAUACAGUGUUAUGUUGUAUGUUGUUCCCUGUUCUUAGAUUAUGUUCCAAACAAUGUUACAUGUAAGUUUUAUUUCUUUAUUUAACCUCAUAUGGUGAGAAAUUGCUUGUUUUUAUAAGAGUGUGUGAUUUAGAAGAUAUUUAAAGUCGGAUCAUCAUCAUUCAUGAAAGUUCCAGUAGUGGCUUAUUUGACAACAUUGUGCAUGUAUAUACCGUAAAUAUGAUGUUAACGAGUACAAAGUAGUUUCUGUAAAUAAAUCAAUCUUUUACAUGUAUUUAAACUAGGAUAGUGUUGACACACUAGGUACAUGUAACCCACACUGUAAUUCAGAUAGUCUGUAAUACGACUUAGAAAUAAGCCCAUUAGGCACAGUGUGUUAUGUUAUUAAACUAGACCAAUCCAUAUAGCCUUCCAGAGGCUUCUUCGGUGUCGGAAGUGAAUCCAGACACUUGUGCAAGAAAUAAAUUGUGCAUCAUUAGUCUUUAAGAAGCAUGUGUGCAAUUGGUGAUUUGGCUUUUAUAGAAUGUGAGAUACGUCUGGCAGUGACUAUGGAACAGAACUGAAGAACUGAUUUUACUUGUUAAAGAUAACCAGGAGUAAUAUUGUCAAGACUUGCCAUGGAAAAAUACUCCUGCAAGGGUUUGAAAGUGGUAGUUUACAGAUAUUUAGGGCUGACUUCCAGAGGAUAAAAGUCUGCUUCAUCUCCUGGUUUGAAAUAUAAGAGGGUCAGUGGCCUGACACACCUAGUCCAUGUAUGAAAAUGUUUUUAAUCGUAACCAUGUGGGUCAUGAAAAUUUGUUUAAUUUUUACAUUUGUUUAUGUCUGUCAUAUUUUUUAUGUAUAUAAAUAUGAUUAUUGUUUUUUCACUUUUUUCUAUACAUUUUUGACUUGGUGUGGCCUGUACAGGCCUACCCUGUGUUAUGUCAACUUAUUUGUGCAAUAUUUUUUGAAUCUCUGACUUAAAAACAAGAGUUACCAGUAUUUAUUAUUUAGUAUUUCUUAUAUCAUCCUAAGUGACAGUAUUUGAAAUGUUUUAGCAUUCAUUUCAGUUUUAAAGAGCAAUUAUUCAAUAAAGAUUUGUUAUCUUUUCUUUUGUAACUUGAUCUUGGGUGUUUUGACUAAAUUUAUUUCUUUGAAUGUUGUUUUAUGCCAUACUCAAGGGUAUUUCCCUUAUAUGAUGGCAGCAAGCAUUAUGGUGGGAGGAAACCAGGCAGAGCCCGGAGGAAACUACCAUUC